AGCGAAACAGCUGGAGAACUAUAAGAAAAAACAUCCUUCUCUGGCAAAACAAAUCUUUUUCUCUCACUUUUUUCCACUCUCUUUCCUAAUGGACCCUCCACCGUUUUCCGGCGGCCCAACUUCCACAACAGCCGCCGUGCCGCCGUCGGGAAACGUUAAUUAUGCUGACUCAGCAGAUUCCUCGCCGCGAUCCCGCCACACAGAAUCCUGGGACGAGAAGCCGCCACACUCCGCUUCCGCUGUCGGCGGUAAGCUCCGACUAAUGUGCAGCUACGGCGGACACAUAUUCCCUCGUCCCCACGACAAAUCUCUCUGCUACGUCGGCGGAGAAACCCGCAUUUUCGCCGCCGACCGUAACACCUCCCUCGCCGACCUUUCUGCUAAGCUCUCUAAAACCCUACUCGGCGGCCAUCCCUUUUGUUUAAAGUAUCAGCUUCAAAAUGAAGACCUUGAUUCACUUAUCUCCGUUACUUCGGAUGAAGACCUCGAAAACAUGAUCGACGAAUACGACCGUAUGAAUAUGAAUAAUUCAUCAUCUUCUAAAGUCGCUCGACUUCGUUUGUUUUUAUUUCCGAGCAAAACUGAUACAGUUGAAAUGGUUCGAGAAAAUUUAAUUAAAUCGAAGACAAUUGGAAUGGUUAGAGAAAGUUUAACGAAAUCCGAUGAUUGGUUCGUUAAUGUUUUAAAUGGUGCGAGUUCUGCUACGGUGUUUUCUGAAACUUCGUCUGUAAAUUACCUUUUGGGUUUGGAUGAUGACGUGGAAAAUGUCAAAGAUGACGUGGAGGCACAAUUAGAGGUGAAAAAUGGUGGAAAUAAUGUUACGGUUAGUGCGCAGGAUGUUAUUCAAUCGGUGCCGGAUUCUCCGAUGGUUGAAACGACGUCGUCUUUUGGGUCGAUGUCUUCUUUGAAUUUGCCGCCGAUAAAGGUUCAUGUUGAGGAGAAUCAAAAAGGUGGAAUUUUUGAGGAUCAAUUUUCACAGAUGACUCUUGGGGUAGUGAAGCAGAAGCAUGAGGAAGGAGGAUUUGUGGAUUUAUCUUCGCCGCCGGCACCGGCUGUUUUAGUGCCGGCGACGGUUUUUUCCGGCGUGCAACAGCAACAGCAGCCUCCGCAGUUGCAACCAAAGCUUGUUAUUCCAUCUGAUUUGCCUUCCCCUGAUUCAGUCUCAAGUGAGGGUAGUGUGACAAAUCCAUUGUCUAGGCAAAGGCAUUUCUUUUAUCAAGAACCAGGGGUUCAAUUCCAGUCGGGGAGUGGUAGGAUUUCUGGUAAUUCAGUUGAUCCGAAGAUGAGCGAUUCGAUUGGAAGGGCUCAGGUAAAACAGCAAGUUCAGGAUACUGGAUAUGCAUUGCCAGUACAAUAUGCUCAGCAACAGCAAAUGCAUCAAACUCAACAGUUUGUUCAUAUGGGGCAGUAUAUGCAGCAUACGCCUUCCGGCCCUGUGCAGAUGGCGUCUUAUUAUCCUAUAUACCCUUCACAGCACCAAACUCAUCCUCAACAACACCCUGCUCUCGAGCACCAGUGUCCCGUUUACUUUAUUCCUGCAAAACCUUCCCAAGGUUACAGUUUGCCGUUGCAACAAACAAAUUAUACUGAGCCUUCUCAAACAGUCCCUUCUGCUCGUCCCCAAACACCUCCUAUUAUGGUCACUCACACCGCAGCUUACAAUCCAGCUAGAAAUCCUCUGACAUCUAAACCUGAAACAGUUGCUGGUACAUACAGAACUGCAGGUGCGGGUGCAGCGGCUCCACAAUUUGUUCAGAUCACUUCGGGCCAGCAUCAGCAUCAGCCACAGUAUAUGGCCUACUCUCAAAUUCAUCACCCUUCUCAGUCAAUUCCUCCUACUUCAGCCACUACUGCCAGUUAUGCAUACGAUUUUGCUGAUCCUACGCAUACAAAGAUGUACUACACUCAGCCUCCUUCUCCCCAAAUGGCUGCUCAAUAUCAAACAAUGACAUCGGCGCCUGCAGUUAGCUUUAAAGAAACUUCUUCUCAGCUCCCCGUUGAAAAUUUGAAGCAGCAACUUAGAACUUCGCAGGCAUGAAACUGUGAGUUGAACAUGAAGAAGCAAUUUUGAAAAGUUGGUUUGGUAAAUCUUAAAUUUUCUGUUAAAUGCUUGAAUUCUUAUUGUUAUUGGUUGGUUCAAAUGUAUAAGUUAUGGGUAAUAAGAAAGUUGGGUCUUUCUUUUCUAUUCUUCUGUAAGUAAUGCUGUUAUUACCCAUGAAAGCAUAGUGGUGCAAGAUCUUACGGUGAAAUUUCAAACUGAUAUUACAUCCUCAAUUCAAUAUAUGGUUUUCAGAACAAAUAUAAAAUUA